UUUAUAUGACUGACUGGCUGCUAAUCCUGUAUAUAGCAUUAACCCACUUAAUUGUUUUUUACUCCUCCCUUUCUUAAAACUGCCUCUAAAUUGGAGACCUCGCCUUGCAAAGGGCGGUUACACAUUUGUCUGCCUGGUGAAUCUCGUGUAAUCUUUCUGAAUUAAACUAGCGACUGUUACUCUUUUGUGUGGAUGUAAGAGCCAUUAGUGCUGGGUGGUAAUAGGAACACUUAAACCUAUGGAACAAGCAGCAGGAGUUAAGUAUUUCCUGAAUUAAAAUCUGUGUGUAGGUGGCAUUUUGCUGCUGUAAGAGCAGAUACAACCCCCUAAAGCCUAUAUUUAUUAUAUUUUCCCCUAGAUUUUUCUCUGAGUUAUGCAGUAAAUAAGAUGCCUUCCCUGCAAUCUUGGCAAAAAGGGCUACUGGGAAGAGGGAUGGAUGAGUGGGAGUUGCAUAGUUGCAUAGUGAUCCUCGGCCGCUGCUUUGUCUUAUCUUUUAUUUUUGAGACUGUAGACUGCUUCCUUAGUGGUGCUUGAGAUGACAGAGUCACUUUUUCUUAUGAAUUCUGGUCGUUUAAGCACAUGCUGAAGCAAAUGCUGAAGUUGAGUGCGUCUGAAGCAGGCUGCUGAAAACGGUGUGCACUGAGAUACUGCUCUUGCUGGUGAGUUUGGUUGGUAUUUUAGGCUUCAGGGUUGCCAAUAAACUCACAGCUCAUCCUGCUGCAUCAUCCUCGAGCCUCGUGCCGUCUCCGGCUGCCGCUUGCCAGGCUUCAAAACGGUUUUGCAGCUCUGGGCAGCCGGGGCCAGGGCUGGGCCUCUCUGCUCCAGCACAAGUGACCAGAGGACCUGGGAUCUUGGCAGCACUCCUGGAAAAAGGUGCCUUUUUCCAUCGUUUCUUCCCAAGAACAGCCUCUUGAUGCCUUGGCUAGGUGAAUUCCUUGAGUGACUUUCUCUUCCCGUGGCAAUGAAGCUUUGGGUCUUUAUGCCUUGCCUGCGUGUCUGUUAAGCCCUGGCAGGGCUGUGGGCUUUCCUGUGGCAGGGCAGGGAGCUCUGAAACUUCUACUCGUUUUUGGGAUGCUUCCAGAAAGGCUGGAGGCAGCUGAUAACAGAGAAACCAUGGCGAGCCCUGCAAAGGAUAACUAUCGAAUGAAGAGUUAUAAGAAUAAAGCUCUAAAUCCUGAGGAAAUGCGACGGAGAAGGGAAGAGGAAGGCAUCCAACUGCGCAAACAGAAGCGAGAACAACAGCUCUUCAAAAGGAGAAAUGUGGAACUGAUUAAUGAAGAUGCUUCCAUGUUUGAUAGCCUUCUUGUGGACUCCUAUGUCAGUUCCACAACAUGUGGGGAGGGAGUGAUUACAAGAGAGAUGGUAGAGAUGCUUUUCUCAGAUGACCCUGAUCUACAGCUAGCAACCACCCAGAAAUUCAGGAAGCUACUGUCCAAAGAGCCAAAUCCUCCAAUAGAUGAAGUGAUAAACACUCAGGGAGUGGUGGACAGAUUUGUGGAAUUCCUGAAAAGAAGUGAAAAUUGCACACUACAGUUUGAAGCGGCCUGGGCACUGACGAAUAUUGCAUCAGGAACCUCCCAACAAACAAAGAUAGUAAUUGAGGCUGGGGCCGUUCCUAUUUUUAUAGAGCUGUUAAACUCUGACUUUGAGGAUGUUCAAGAACAGGCUGUCUGGGCAUUGGGCAACAUUGCUGGAGACAGCUCUGUGUGUAGAGAUUAUGUCCUUAACUGCGCUAUUCUUCCUCCCUUGUUAAUGCUUCUUACGAAGUCCACCAGGUUGACGAUGACACGAAAUGCUGUCUGGGCCUUGUCGAACUUGUGCAGAGGAAAGAAUCCACCACCUGAAUUUGAUAAGGUAUCUCCCUGCCUGCCAGUGUUGUCCCGAUUAUUAUUCAACAGUGACUCUGACUUGCUGGCAGAUGCAUGCUGGGCUCUUUCCUAUUUAUCAGAUGGCCCAAAUGAGAAAAUCCAAGCAGUUAUCGACUCUGGUGUGUGUAGACGACUGGUGGAGCUGUUAAUGCACAAUGACUACAAAGUGGCCUCCCCAGCUUUGCGAGCCGUCGGCAACAUCGUGACCGGAGAUGACAUCCAGACCCAGGUGAUUUUGAACUGCUCAGCACUGCCUUGUCUCCUUCACUUAUUAAGCAGUCCUAAGGAGUCAAUUAGGAAAGAAGCCUGCUGGACAAUUUCUAACAUCGCAGCAGGAAACAGAGCGCAAAUACAGGCAGUCAUAGAUGCAAACAUUUUCCCGGUGCUGAUAGAAAUCUUACAGAAAGCAGAGUUCCGUACACGGAAAGAGGCAGCGUGGGCUAUUACAAAUGCAACGUCAGGAGGAACACCAGAGCAGAUCAGAUACCUGGUGAACUUGGGUUGUAUCAAGCCCCUUUGUGACCUGCUGACUGUCAUGGACUCAAAGAUUGUUCAGGUGGCACUGAAUGGCCUGGAGAACAUACUGAGGCUUGGGGAGCAGGAGGCUAAUCAGAGCGGGACAGGCAUCAACCCUUACUGCAGCCUGAUCGAGGAGGCCUACGGCUUGGAUAAGAUAGAGUUCCUGCAGAGCCACGAGAACCAGGAGAUCUACCAGAAGGCCUUCGACCUGAUUGAGCACUACUUUGGAGUAGAGGAUGACUCCGCUCUAGCUCCCCAGGUAGACGAGAACCAGCAGCAAUUCAUCUUCCAGCAACCUGAAGCCCCCAUGGAAGGUUUCCAGCUAUAAUGUGCCCAGAGGGGCAAGGAACACCACAAACUUGCCAAGAAGCAACUGGGAACAGCUGAUGGUCCCACCCCUCCUCCUUGCAAAUGGAAGGCUAAACACCCACUCCACCUGUUAGGAAACAAUUCUUCCUUCAGAAACAACUAGAAGCAGUGCUUUGUCCUCAUGGAGAGAAGGGGAUGUUCUUACACUUAUUUUUUUUUUUCUUUUUGCUGCUGCAUAUGUGUCUUUAAAGCAGGCAUCUGGGUGGAGGAAGGACACUGAGGUAACAGAUUGCACCUCUUUCUUUUUUUGGUGGUCUCUCCCAAAUGUCACUUUUUACCUCGGGUACUUAAUUGGAAAUUUCAGCAUUGGGUUGGGUAAGAACACAAGUAGAAAGUAAGCAUUCUGACAGCAGUAAUUCUGAAAACCCGGGUUGAUCUAUUUAAUUUUUUUGCACAUGUUACUCUUUAUUAAAGACUCUAAUUUGCCAAGAGCCAAGUUUAGCCCUGGCCUUUCUGCGACCCUCCUUCAGGGGACAGUCCUGUU